AUGAGCGGAUACACGGGAAAUAACUAUAGCAGAUACUCAUCCACUUCUCCGAGACAAAGAGGGAGUUAUCACCAUGCCAGGCGAGGAAGAGGUGCAAUAAGCGGAUCGUAUUACAGAGGCGGUAGUGCGUCUUAUGGCGCGAGAUACAACGACGAAUAUGAGCAACCGCCUCAAGAGGGAGAUUCGAGACAGUCCGGAACUUACUACAGAAACGGAUACACGGAGACAAGACCGUACUAUCCAUCUAAUGGUAGGCAUUAUCAAGCAUCGUCUCAUAGAUACAACAGUAAUACGAAUUUCCACCACACACCACACCGUGGCAGUAGUCAAGAUGUGAACGGCAGAUCUAUAGGUGGCUCGCAAAAUGAUAAUGAACGACUUAAAUCCAGAUAUCAAAACACGCAGGCAGAGUAUCCCCACCAACAAUCGAUGAGCGCUGGUAGCAGCGGUGGUGUCAGCAGUGGUAGCAGCAGCAGCAGCAGCAGCAACGGACUUCCGCCCCCACCCUUAGUAUCAUCUGUAACCCAUAGUAGGCCAUUUUACAACACUGGUUACCAAUAUGCCAACAGUUAUAAUUACAGUAACUAUCGCCACCGUGAGACGCCGCCCCCUCCUUCGAAUGGCCACCAAGCAAACAGUUACCCAGCGCAUGCAUCCGAGAGAAGGAGUAUCAGUGGCGGCUCUGGCAUCAGCGUGGACAAGAAGAAAAGAGUAGUGGAUAUAAAAGAUUCCCCUUUUCUUUACUUGACAGAUUUUGAUAAGAAUGUCAAGAAGACAAACACUACUGAAAGCGAAUGUGAAAAAGCAAGAGAGGUUUUCAAAGAAAGCGAUAACAUCGAUUCUGCUCUGCAAGAUCUGACCCUUAAAGUAAAUUCUAAUGAGUUAGAGUUGCGACUCCUAAAUAACCAGUGCGACAAGCAUGCAUUAAACAUACAACUGACCCAGGAGAAACUGGACUCAUUGUUAUUAAUGCAGUAA